UGACGCAAGUGCGCCGGAGCUCGAGCUGUUUGUAGUGAGGGAAGAAGGUCCGCUAUGUAAAGAAAGAGAGAGGAGAAGAAAGGAGCUGCACCGUGGAGAGAGAGAGAAACAGAGGGAUAAAGAGGAGGACAGACAGCGCUGAGGGACCGCAGGAGGUUUAUUCUACAGGUUCCGCGAUGAAGUCCAGAUAACCGGGGUCUGUGUGGCAGAGGCUGCGGUGUUUUCCACGGCGGAGGAAUGGAGAGGCCGCCGCGGCUGCUGUGCUCCGAGCUCCGGCUGCAGGGCCGGGUGUGUGAUGUGUCUCUGAGCGGCGCCGCGCUGUGCUGGAGGGAGGCCGGACAGAGCGGCCGAAGAUGGGGCUCUGCGGGAGUGUACGGCCCUCUAAAGGCUGCAGGCAGCCACUGUGUGCCGGUGUGUGAGAUCAUUGCCGUCCAGGAGACGGAAGAAGACAGCCCAAGCACCGAUGUGGGGAAGUGGCAGAAAGUUCCUCAAAACCCAUCUAGUUCCAACCAGCAUUCUUUCACAGUGUCGUAUGUGGAGAGGACUCUGAAGCACCGCUGGCGGUGCAGUGAAGUCACCCUCCAUUGCACUGAUAGGAAGCUGUGUCUGCAGUGGGUCCAGGCCAUCAGGGAGCAGCUCGCACUAUUGACCAUCCGACCGAAGCGCUUGUUGGUCUACAUAAAUCCCUAUGGAGGAAAACAACGUGGGAAGAGGAUUUACGAGCAGAAAGUGGCCCCCAUCUUUUCCCGCGCCUCCAUUUCCACCGACGUGAUUGUGACGGAGCGGGCCAACCAUGCCAGGGACCACUUGAAGACGGAGGCUGAUCUGAAGAAGUACGAUGGUGUGGUUUGUGUUGGUGGGGAUGGCAUGUUCAGUGAAAUUAUGCACGGCCUGAUCUCCCGGACGCAGUGCGACGCCGGCGUGGACCAGAACCGCCCAGACGAGGAGCUGAUCUCUUGCGGACUUCGCAUCGGCAUCAUUCCUGCAGGUUCCACCGACUGCAUAUGCUACGCUACGGUUGGCUCCAACGACCCAGUGACCUCUGCUCUGCACAUCAUUGUGGGCGAUUCCCAGCCGAUGGACGUCUGCUCUGUCCACCACCACGACACCUUCCUCCGAUACUCCGUCUCCCUGCUUGGUUAUGGUUUCUACGGUGACAUGUUGACUGACAGCGAGAGGAAGCGCUGGAUGGGUCCUGCCCGCUACGAUAUCUCAGGUGUUAAAACAUUUCUGUCACAUCGCUACUACGAGGGGACCAUCUCCUUCCUUCCUGCUGAUGGAACCGUCAGCACCCCCAGAGACAAGAUUCAGUGUCGGUCCGGGUGUAAUAUCUGCCAGAUGCCCUCAUUGGUGGAGUCAACCUACAAAGCUGAGGACAGCAUCUCAGAGGCUGAGACAAAAGACACGUGGCAGGUCAUCAGGGGGAAGUUCCUGGCCAUCAACGCUGCAUGUAUGAGCUGUGCUUGUCCACGCAGCCCCAAAGGCCUGUCACCCUCCGCCCACCUGGCCGACGGCACUGCUGAUCUCAUCCUGGUGCGCAAGUGCUCGCGCAUCGACUUCCUCCGCCACCUGCUGCGCCACACCAACAAAGACGAUCAGUUUGACCACCCGUUUGUGGAGGUGUACCGUGUGCGACAGUUCCGCUUCACGCCCCGGUAUCAGGAGACGGACUCUGAGCUGGAGCUGAGGGAGGUGGGGGCCGGCAGCAGUAAACACUUCUUCACGCAGAUUUGCAGGGAGCACCCGGCCUGCGGCUGCACCCCAACACAAAGCAGCUGGAACUGCGACGGGGAAAUCCUACCACACGCCGCCAUUCAAGUCAGAGUGCACUGCCAGUUGAUCAAGCUGUUUGCGAGAGGGAUCGAAGAGCAGUCCGUCUUUGAGGACCCUUCUUACGCUCUCAACGCUAUAUAGAUCUGCCUGUCAAAAUCACUGGAAGAAAAUAUCCACUCUCACUGGACCAUGAAGAAACUCAACCCUUUGAAAAGAGGUCACAUUCGGGUUAGAGUUAACAAGAUGCUGUUCCAUAUGCUGUUGGACCAUUUUGUAGUUUAUAGAAUUGGAAGGAACUUCUUUAGAUUCUGACAUGUACACCACAGUGGAGUUGCUAGCAGCUCAGGCUGUUUUUGUUGAACUCUUGAUUUACAGUGUAGCAUUGCUCUACAUUCCACAUUGACUUGUGGACCAUUUAGGAUUUCACCUACACUCACUCAAAUAAAGGUGCUUCAAAUGGUUCUUUGAGAGAUACUGUACAGCCAAGGUCAUCAAAUGUGGACAUUGAAUUCUUCUUCCAGUCAUGGAUCUCAGUGAAAGUUCACUAUGAGGCGGUUUCUCUGAGCCUAACCGUUUACUAUGUUUUUCUUUGAUGAGAAAUCACCUUUCAGAAUGCUGUGUCGUACAAGAUUGUCACAAUAGGCACACCUACAAAGGGUACCAAGUCCAAGACUGGAAACUGGAUCCAUGAACUAAAAUUUGUAAAUCUCUGCUUAGAUUUGAGAAUCAGAGAUUCUUCAUUCUGCAACUAUACUUAAGUAGAUUCUUCUUUAAACUCAAUAAUGCAUUUUUUGCAAAGACUCUGACAAUUCUCUACAAAGAUAGUGGGGUCGGUCAUCUUUAUAGGAGAAGAGCAGUGCUUGGUAAAAGUAUCUCAUGCCACUUUUACCAACUUGUUUUUUUUUUUUUUUUUUUUUUUUUUUACUGGUGCUUUUCCACUGAAUGGUACCUAAACUACUUGACUUGAUUCGAUUUUUUUUCUACCCAAAAUGUAGCUGGGGAUGUCUUGGCUCUCACUGGAUUCAUUUGCAUUACUUUCCAUGAAUCCUGUUUUUACAAUGCAUUUUGAAUGUUUAUAAUGUAUUAUUUGGCAUACUUAAACCAUAUAAUGAUUGUUAUAAACGUGCAUACACAUGGCAACACAUGCAUUUUUGAAAAAAAGUAUAAGUAUGUGACUUUAUAAAGAAACGUGACUUUUAAAGAAGAAAGUUAUAUUCUUCUAUUUAUAAGGUCUUAUGUACAGCUUAUGACUGUUAUUAUAAGGUAUUAUGUAUGACCUGAUUCAUUAUAAUUGCACUCAUGAUGCAUUAUGAAUGCAGGAUUCUAAGGUUUGCUGGCAAACAAAAAGUCACAUAGAGAGUUGGUACUGUAAAACUAUCUGGGUCAAGUAGCAUAGAGACCUUGCGCAACAAAUUCCAUAUGGCAUAUGGCUCAAAGAACCAUUUAAAACAGCUUAAUUUUUUAGAGUGUAGGCAUCAGUAUUGCUCAUUUGUGCUCCUCUUAAGAGUGUUCAUAAUAGAUUUCUUAUUUAUAAGCGUGACCAAGAUGCUAGUCAUUGCUCCUGCUGUAAUACAUCAGCGUUCAGCAGUCUUCCUCUGCAGUCAAGCUGGUCUUGAUCGACAGUAGCAUUAGUUGUGUUCCAACAUUGGAAAAUGCAACUCGCAACUUUAGGGAAUUUAUUUGACUUUCUUAGAAGUACAAGACUCAAGGUUAUCCAGUCAUAGACAUAUUCUAUAUUGCUGCAGUAUAAUAGGAUACUUAUUAUAUGUAGAUUAUCUGCUGGAACUUGUGUUUUGUUUUUGUUGCUGUUAUUAUGUAAGCAUGAAGUGAGUAGCAAUCCAACACUGGGACACAAUGUAGCUGAUAUCUAUUCCUUAAUGUCCUAAAGCUUCAUGCUGCGGACGUUAUUUUUCACCAUGAGUUAUAUCAUGCUUCGGGAACUAUGACAAACCAUAUUCCAAAUAUCAGGUACCGCCAGGAGAUGUUUGAGUAACUAAGGCUCUGUUUAUAUGUAUCUGAAUUCAGUGUUUUUAAAACUGAUUAAAACACGAAAAUGCUAUUUUGGUCACUAAAAUGGAGCGUUUCCAAAUUAUAUAUAGAUAUCACAACAUAUGCAUGUUUACUCUCUGAUUCUGAUGUUGUAAGUCAGAGAACUAUGUUGUCUACACACAGAUUGCACUAGAUCUCACAUUUCAACAUACAAGACUAGCAUGCUAAUGUUUUUGGUUCUCUUUGUGGACAAAUAUGUUUAUGACCAAGACAUGUUAAGUCCAGGUCAAGACCAAGACCUUUAGUUGACGGGUGCGAGUCAAGACCAACUCUUUUAGUAGCUGUGUCCAACUCAGGACCAAGAUUUUACUAAUGAAGUCUGACUCAAGACCAAAAUUUUUAGUAAUCAAGUCUGACUCAAGACCAAGAUUUUUCUAAUCGAGUCUGACUCAAGACCAAGACUUUACUAAUGAAGUCCGACUCUAGACCAAAACUUUUAGUAAUCGAGUCUGACUCAAGACCAAGACUUUUAGUAAUCAAGUCCGAUUCAAGACCAAGAUUUUACUAAUAAAGUCCGACUCAAGGCCAAGGCUUCUAGUAAUCCUGUCUGACUCAAGACCAAGAUUUUACUAAUCGAGUCUGACUCAAGACCUAGACUUUUAGUAGUCAUGUGUGGCUCAAGACCAAGAUUUUACUAAUCAAGUCCGACUCAAGACCAAGACUUUUAGUAAUCAUGUCCGAUUCAAGACCAAGAUUUUCCUAAUCGAGUCUGACUCAAGACCAAGACUUUUAGUAAUCAAGUCCGAUUCAAGACCAAGAUUUUACUAAUCGAGUCUGACUCAAGACUUGUUUAAAUCCGAGUCAAGUCCAAUACUUUUAGUAAUCAGUUCUGAGUCAAGACCAAGACUUUUAGUAGUCUUGUCUGACUUAAGACUUUGUAGUCAAAUCUGAGUCAAGACCAAGAUCUGGUGGUCAAAUCCGGGUCAAGACCAAGACUUUUAGUAAUCAAAUCCGAGUCAAGACCAAGACCAGAUUAAGAUAUUUUACAACAUUUAAUAAAUAGAAAACAAUGAGAAAGUAAAAAUAAUAUACUGUGUAACUCAUUGUGCGUCCAGUAUCAAUCGUUAUAAUCUUAAUAUUUCAUUAUAUCUAUAAAAGAUACUCAAGACCAGACUUACAUUUGCAAUCAUAUUAGACAAACAAAGGAAAAUAACCAGAUACUUGUGGACGGAGCCUGAGUCUCAACUCAUUCAGUUAUAGCUGGACUUGCAGCUUUGUUGGGGCAUAUAUAUAUUUUUAUUAUCAUGCAUGACUCUGCACAGCCCUAGUCUCUCUUUCUCGCUCUCUCUCUCUCUUUUUAAAUGGAGUUGUCCACUUGACUGUAGUAGAUAAUCUACUAUGGCUGCCUCUCCUUUAGCCUAUAGUCCUCCUGUGCAUCAGCCUCUCAGGACCUCUGCUGCCCUUUAUUGCUGUUGUAUCUUCUUCUUCUUCUUCUUUUGCUUGAAUGUCUUAUUUCUCUCUGUUGUAUUUCUGUAAUGAUAUAAAAGCCACAGGCCCUGUUGUUGUUGCAGGGCUUCUGCUGGAGGUUUUAUGUGUGUAAUCUAAGCUUGUGUUGUUGGUUCAGCGUCAGGGGACUUUGAGCGGUCUGUGAUUUAGUGAAAUUGCUUCUUGUCCGUAACACAUCUGCUGCUGUUUGUGGAUUUUCGCGAAGCCGAAGUGGAGUGGCAAUCGAGUCAUGGUCGCACUCGCACGGUCCUAAUGUGGCACGUAGGUUUUGUAAAUCAUUAUCCUGAAGUCUACGCCUUGUGCAAUUCAAGUGUAAAGGAGCUGGAGUAGUGGACGUUAAUGCUGGCAGUCAAUCGUGGGCCGCAAAUCUUAUGUGUUAGUGUGUGAGUCGAUGUGUGUGUGUGUGUGUGUGUGUAUAUAUAUGUGUGCGCACACAGAAUUGCCCUCAUCUCAGCCAUCUGACAGCUGCUGUGUUUGGCAGCCUGGUUCAGGGCCAAUCAGACACUUACAUGCCCAUAUGCAUCAACCGCUGUGACAACAAACCUCCAGCUCCAGCACACAGAUCCCUCCGCCGACUCCAUCUGAACCAGAGGCGUAAUUCAAAAUCCUCUCAAAAGCCCCUCGUAAAUAUCACUGCCAUGUCUGCUCUCUGGCUUUCAGCACAGCGGCUGCUGCUCCUGCUGCUGCCGCUAACUUACAGCCCAGCCUGAUUGACUGACAAGGCCGCUCACUGUCCAGUUCUCCAAGAAGUCUUGGGCCAUCAGAUACGAUGGAAUUCCCUUAAAAUUAUUACUAAAGUUCAGCAAGACAGGAAAAGUCAUUUAGAUUGGUUUUGGAAUAACAGAUUUAUUAACAGCAUUUCUCCCAAAUUCCAAAUAAAAAAUAUUGUUAUUUAGAGCAUUUAUCUGCAGAAAUAAAAAAAUGGCUGAAAUAACAAAAAAAAAUCCAGCGCUUUCAGACCUCAAAUAAAAAAAAGUUUUAAGAGUUCAGAAAUGAACUCAAUGAAAUGAGCAUGUUCUCCUCCACCAGUCUUACACUCUGAUUUUGGAUAACUUUAUGCUUUACACUCCUGGUGCAAAAAGUCAAGCAGUUCAGCUUGGUUUGAUGGCUUGUGAUCAUCCAUCUCCCUCUUGAUUAUAUUCCAGAGGUUUUCAAUUUGGUAAAUCAAAGAAACUCAUCAUUUUUAAGUGGCCUCUUAUUUUUUUCCAGAGCUGUAUAAUACAAUCUCAGUAGCUGCCAGUAGCUGUUACCACCCCAGUAGUGAUCACUGUGAGCAACACCACCCCUCCCGCCGAUAUGCUGCUGCUUAUUAGCAAAGCCGCAGCCUUGACUGAAAACAAUAUCCAAAAACAAUCAUCUUGCAGGCUUUGAGAUGACACGGAGUGAUGUAUGACCUGAUAUAUUGAAUUUGAUGAGUGUUGAGAAAAAAACAAGGAACAAAAUGCUUAAUAAAGUUCAUGAAACCAA